AGUGUGUGUGUUUGCCCCACUCCUCACAUAAUAAUACAAUCUUCAAAAGUAUACACAACUCACACUCCUCUUUCUAAAUUCUCCAAUACGUACAAACAAUAGAUACACACACAAACGUUAUGUAACUGCAAAAAUAUAUCAAAACGAGAUUCCAUAAUCUAGUCACUAAUCAAAGAGCUUCAUGGUGAUGGUGUGACCCCAAAGUUAGUCUUCACAUGUUUCUUAAGUUUCAAGCAUUGAAUUUUUUAUCCAAAAAAAAGUAUUGAAUUUUUUUUCCUUUUUUACCUUUUUAAAUUUUUGUGAGGAUUUAUUUCCUUUUUAACAAAACUAAAGAUUCAUUUUCCCUUUUUGUUUCAUUGUUUCCGUGUGUGCUUGUAAUUUACAUGAUGAAAGUGAGGAAAUGGGCGAAGAAGUGAAGAACACAAGAUGUAUCUUCUUCUUCUAAGGCACUAAAACCAUCAACAAGGAGAGAAACCAUUAUAUACAUAUAUAUAAUAUCUGUAUAUAUAAGAGAUUUAUCCAUUUUUUUGCAAUUGUUUUUUUUUUUUUUUUGCAACUAUUCUUUGAGUGAAUAAUGCCAGUUCCUCUUGCACCAUAUCCAUCACCUCCGCCACCGGCACUGGCGCCGUCGUUCACUCCUCCGCCGGCAAAUGGAGGACAGAGCCAGUUAGUAUGUUCAGGUUGCAGAAACCUUCUGAUGUAUCCAGUGGGAGCAACCUCCGUUUGUUGCGCCGUCUGUAACGCCGUCACAGCCGUUCCUCCGCCGGGAACAGAGAUGGCUCAGUUGGUGUGUGGAGGAUGCCAUACACUUCUAAUGUACAUUCGUGGAGCUACAAGUGUUCAGUGUUCUUGUUGUCACACUGUUAAUCUCGCUCUUGAAGCGAAUCAAGUAGCGCAAGUGAAUUGCGGAAACUGUUGGAUGCUACUUAUGUAUCAAUACGGAGCAAGAUCUGUCAAAUGUGCCGUUUGUAACUUUGUCACAUCAGUUGGGGGUUCGGCGAGCACAACUGAUCUAAAGUUUAACAGUUAAAAAGGAAAAAUCGAUCCGGAUUGUUUAUAUAUUGAGUUUUGAGCAAUAUAGAGGAACAAUCGUCUUUUUUCUGCUUCCUCUUGAUCAAGAAUCCGCGGCUAAAUGUUAUGAGUUUGAAACUAUUUUCCGAAGUAAAUUAAAUCUGAAAUUCGUCGAAAUUGCUGACUUUUGGUUUUUUUUAUCAGUUUGUAUAGAGUUGUGUUUCUUCAAUGUUUCUGUUUGGAUCUUUUUUUUUUAGUUCGAGGAAAAAUUGAUUCACCAAUUGUAAGAGUUAUUCAGGAAUAAAAGGUAAACUUUUAUGGAUUA